AUGGGCAGAGGAAUUGGAGGUGUUACAAUCAAAGAGGAUGGAACCGUGGAAAAGGCAUGGGAUCCGUUUCUACCCCGCCCACCCUCAAUGAAAGAUGUGAACGCUAGCGAUGAUAGAUCUACAUCCGACCAGGUGGCUGUAUUCGGUGCAAAUACGAAAGAAGGAAUGACACUUGUUAAAAUGAUGUCAGAGAAAGGUCUGCGAGUCAUAGCAGCAGUUCGCGUUCUCGGUUCAAAUAAAACAAAGCAACUCCUCGGUCUCCCGGGAGUCACAGUGAAGCAGGCAGACUCGAAUGACCGAGCGUCGCUGCUAACCGCAUUGAACGGCUGCUCCAGGGCAUUUGCAGUCACAAGUUACUGGGAAAAGUUCGAAAGCGUUAUUGAAGAAACAAUGGCAACCAAUAUCUUGGACGCAUGCGCUUCUGUGAGCCCACCAGUGAAGAAUAUGGUCCUUGCCACUUUUGAAGAGAUAUCAAAUCUUAAGAAAUUCAAUCGAAAGUCACAAAUUGUCCCAACAAGAGAUGGUAAAAUCUAUCCCGAUUUUACUGGCAAGAGCAAAGUCGACGCUAUGGGAAAGAGCAAAGGGGUGACGGUAACCCAUAUGAUGACCUCCUUUAUGGAUGACAAAGACCACAAGAAAUCUGUCAUUUUGCUUCGAGGUAUGAAUAAGCGAAUUGUAGUGAACUCGCACGUCAAUAAGUAA